AUGGAACAAGUAAUUAUAAAUAACAAUAAAAUAAUCAUACAUUUAUUAGAAGAGGAGGAAGAAGAAGAAAUAAUGUAUACUUCAAAUGCAUACAGGAAGCCAAUAAGUAAUUUAUUUAAAACAAGAGAAAAAGAAGGCUUCUUUAAAGUUUUAAUAAAUAGCCACUUAAGAGAAAAUAAAAAUAAAUUUCGCGAAUUUUUUCGGCUAAAUUAUGAUCAGUUUCAUUUUAUAUUAGCAUUAAUAAAAGACGAUUUAACAUUACCUGCAUCAAACAGAAUAAAAAAUCCAAUUUCGCCCGAUGAGAAAUUAGCUGUUACUUUAAGAUAUCUUGCUACUGGGGAAUCAUUUCGGUCACUUUCUUUUGCGUUCAGAAUUUCACAUAGUUACAUUAGUGUCAUCGUAAAAGAUACACUUUCGACGUUGAAAAAACACCUUAUGCCAAUUUUUCUACCCGAUAUCUCAACUAUCGACUUAAAUAAAAAAGCAUCAGAGUUUUGGACUAAAUGGAAUUUUCCAAAUUGCCCCAUUAACAUUGACCCAAUGACGUGUGAUGAUCUUAUUGUAGUUGCUUGUUGUUUGCAUAAUUUACUACGAGAAGCAUAUUUAGAAGAGAAUGGACAAGCAUUUUUUGAGGAACGUGAUUCAAGUACAACACUACAAACAAACAACCUAAUACCAAUAACAAGAGGAUCUGUGUCAUGGCAGGAAGACAAAUAA